AUGAAAUAAUCUGAUUAAUAAAAAACUCAUGUAUCUAGAUCGAUGAGUUAACAUCUAUUAACUGAAUAAGAUAUAAAAAAGAUCUUUCCAUAUACUUAAAGUAUUCAUAAUAGAUAUUUGGAAUAAAAUAGAAUGGAGAGCAUUAGAGAUUAAUUAAAUAAUCAAUAACAACAAUCUAUUUCAACACACAUAAAAGAUCUGAUUGUAAAGUAAUAAUGUGAUAAUAAAAUUGUAUAUAGGGAUAAGCUAAAGCCUCGAUUAUUACAGCCAUUAACUAUGUUAGAUGAAAGUUGUAAUAGAGGAGUUAAAAGAAUGAAGAAACUAUUAUAUCAUGAUUCAUAAAAUGUCAAUUUACAUAAUAUCAAUUAGAGAAGAGAAAUGGUUCAAUUGGCUUAAUGGGUAGACAUGAUGGUUGAAUAGGUUCAUUCUUUAAAAUUAACAGAUUAUUAAGAAUAUUAUAACAAAUUAGAAAUAGUUUUUUAAGGUUCAAUAUUAGAAUUGGAAAGAUAGAUAUCAAUAGUAGGGUUUGAAUUUGGAUAAUUUUUAAAGAAAAUAUGGGAUACUUUUACAGAAGAAGUUUAAAAAAUUAUUUUAGGACUUCAACAAAGAAAUCAAUAAAUUGAAUAGAAAUGCUUAGAAGAUAUAAAUUAACUCCAUAAAAAUUAUUAAGAUGCAAUUGAAAAAUAAGCAGAAUCUAUGAGAAUGAUGAAAGAAGAAGCUUUAUCUGUCUAAAACUCUAUUAUAAAAAUGAAAAAAGAAAAUAUUUAUUUAAGAAAGAAGGAUAAAAGAAGAGAAGAGCAACUGCAUGAUAUAAUGAGUGAUUUUUGGGAUUAGAGUUUAUAAUUAAUAGAAUAUUAAGGAAUUGAAAAAUUUCAUAAGUAAGCUGAAACUGCUGAAGAAAUGGAUCUUGUUUUAUAAUAAAAAGAUAUGUUUGAAUUCUUUAAAUAAAAGUUUGAAGUACAUAAAAAGGAAAUUGAAAAUUAAUAUAAGUAGAAAAUAUAAAAUAUUAUUUAGAAUUCUUACUUUAUAAGAUGAAUAUUAUGAUGGCUCAACUCAUUUGAUUAUAACAGAAUCAUCUGUAGAUACAAGUGAUUUAAUUAAAACUAGAGAUUAGACUGAAGAUACAUCAGAGUAUUACAUUUAUGUAAGUUCUUCUACUUAAACACCUAAAUAAGCAAAAAAAGUAGAUGAAGAAAUAUAAGCUUAACCAUGUCAAGGAAAUUAAGAAUCAUAAGUUAAUUCCACUUAACUUAGAAAAGAGAGAAUUCCAAGAAAUUAAACAGAAUCUAAAAUGUUUAGAAGGGCUAGAUUUCCAUUAUAAGAAAUUAUAUCAGAAUUUAGUUCUCUUUAUUUUCCUGAAUAAGAAUUAAGUAGUAAUGAUCCUUAAUUUAUUAUUAUCAUGUCUGAUUAAAUUUUAUAAUUAAAAGAUAGAAUUGAAGAUUUAUUAACUGUUUUAAAUUUAAGAGGAGAUAAUUCUAGUGAAGACAUGUUAGCACUCAAAUAAUAUUUACUGUAAAAUUAUGCUAAUUUUAAUUAUUAUUUUAAUGUAAACUCUAUUUUUUAUAUCAAUUAGUAAUGUUGGAAUGUCUUAUAAACAUAAAUCUCUGUAGUUAUGGAUGCUAAAAUAGACAAAGAAGAAAUGGAACUUGAAAUGAAAGAAAUUGAAAAUAAAUUUAAUGAAAAUGUUGUUUUAUUCAAAAAAUAUCAUAAUAGAACUAAGGAAAAAGAAACCAUUGUAAAAUUAUUCAAUAUUUUUAGUCUAAAUUUUAUGAAGAUUCUUUAAUCAAGGUUAUUAGAUAUGCUCCAUAAUUUUUAAUUAAUUAAAUUAAAGAAUAAGCUAAUUAAUAUGGAGUUUUAGAAAAUGUUGAAUUUAAAGAGUUUAAAAGAAGAUAAGGUACUAAUAUUGAUUCAAAAUAAUAAUAAUAAUUAUCUAUCAAAGAUUUAGAUUCUCCAACUAGAUCUCCUAAUAAAACCUUAACAACUCUGAAUAUUUAAAAGCCUUUGAUGAAAAUUUAAAAAAUACCAAGCUAAAUGGAAAUAUCUAGUAAAGAAGAUGAUGAUAGAGAUAUUUACAAAAGUGAUUCUUCUAAAGGAGGUUCAGGAGAUGAAAGUGAUGUUUCUUUUAGUUAAAUCAAAUUGGAUUUCAAAUAAAGUAAACCAAAAUUAACAAUCGAAAAGAAAUUAAGAAUAUCUACUUGUCCAGUUAAAUCUGCUGUUUAUGCAACCAAUUUAUUAAAAUAAAGUAUUCUUAAUUAUUUAAUAUUUAGUGAUAUCUAAAUUUAAUAUUAAUUAAAGAACUGGUUUAUAUCAAUUAAGCACCAUUUUAUAAAAUUAUCAUGAAUUAAUUAUGAAAAUUCCUAAUACUAUUUAAAAUACUCCUCUUCAUGUUCAUAUGUAUGAAAACAUUGUAGCUCAUUAUGGUUAAUCAUAAUUUAGUGAUGCAAAUAGAUAUAAAAGAACUAUUAGAAGUUUUUUAUUUUUUGAAAUGAAAAGUAGUACUUGUUAAUUAGUUGUUAAAUUUUUAAAAGCAGAAUAUGAUAUUUAGGAUUUAAACUUAUAUCUUUAAAUAGUUUAAACAUUAUAAGAAUAUCCAAAUGUUUCUUAUUCAAAAUACAUAGACGCCUUACUCAAAUGGUUUUCUGAUAAUAAGUAUUCUUAAAGUGAAAUUGAUAAUAUUAUUUAUGAUAUUUCCACAUCAGAUGUAGCUUAUAUGUCAAGUUAAUAAGGACCUUGUGAUUAUGAUAUUUUGAUGUAUCAUUUUUUAGAGAUUUAUCAAAAAUACAAAAAUCGUACCACUAUUAAAUAUAAACAUCUAUAUACUUCUGUUGAUCUAAAUAAUAAGGGUAGUAUUGAUUUUAGUUAAUGGAAUUUUUUGUAUGAAGUCUUAUGUUGUAUUAACUAUUCAUUUUCAAUCAGAUUGUUUUAUUAGGAAGCAGAUUAUUGUGGAGAUAGUGGCAAAAUGAUGUCAAAAUAGAGAUUUACAUUAGUUUGUGAUGAAUUAAAGAUUUUUUAAGAGGAUGAUUAAAUUAAAUUAUUAGAUAGAGAAACUUAUUUUUCAAUUAGGGAAAAAAUAAAUAAUUAAUGGAUGAAAGAAAAGAUUGUAAUGAAAAUGUCAUUUAUUAAAGCAAGCAAAGUAAUAACUAUAUUUAAAUUUAGUAUAACAAAUUUAUUAAGAGUAUUUUUGCUGCAAUUGAUUCUUUUGUGUAAAAUCCAAAGAAUUGUUAAUUUGAGCCAGAGACUAUUUGUUAUAUGUAUAAACUAUUACAAAAAACAUGGAAACCGUACUUUUUAGAAUCGCAAUUAAAUAUAGGGAUACCAGUAGAGAUUUCAUUAAUUAAUACUACUUAUAGAAAGAUGGAACUGAAAAUUCUCAAUAAAGAUUGAAACUUGAC